GCUGAAGCCCGGCCAAGCCUCGCUCCGGCCCCUGUGCCAGGGCUAAACCUGCUUGGAGAGAGGGCAGGGCAGGCGCUCGGUGGAGGGGAGAGAAGGAGAAAGGAAACUUGAAACUGGCUUCCCUUGUGGCGUGUCCGUGUCCCGGCCAUCCCCUCCCCGCCGCUGGUUAAAUGAGAGCACGUGAAGAACAUGAGGGUUCCUGCCUGAGAGGGAGGGCACGCAGGGAGGAGGAAGGCGAGCCGUGGCUUUGCGGUGUGGUUUACACCGAGAUCGGAGCUACAAGUGCCUGGGGGUGGGAGCAGGAGGAGAAAGGGCGUCUGAUGCCAGCUGCCAACAUGACAGAAACCCUGCAGCUCCCGGCGCUGCGGGUCCCCGAGCAGCAGCUGCUGGAGGGCGGCUGCGCCUGGUCCAGCUCGUCCACCCCGACCCUGCGCAGGAAGCGCUUCAAGAUGAGGAGGAUGAAGAACGUGCAGGAGCAGAGCCUGGAGGCCGGCAGGUACCAGGAUUCUCCUUCCUCCAGCAAGGAAUACCUGCAGCUGCCAUCCAUUGAGAUCACCCCCUCCAGUGACGAGGACACCCCCUGGUCCAACUGCUCCACUCCCAGUGCCUCCCCACGCCGCAAGCGCUUCCUCCUUCGGAAGUGGCUGCGUGUCCGAGAGAAGAAGGAGUGCAGUGAGAGCAGCAGCCAGCAGAGCAGCCAGCAGAGCAGCCACGACGAUGACUCCGCGCGGUUCCUGAGCCCCUCGCGCGAGGACAGUACUGCCAGUAACUCCAACCGCAGCACGCCCGCCUGCUCCCCGAUCCUGCGCAAACGCUCGCGCUCGCCCACGCCGCAGGACGCCCCGGGGGACGCCAUGGUGGAGAAGGGCUCCGACCACUCCUCGGACAAGUCCCCGUCCACGCCGGAGCAGGGCGUCCAGCGGAGCUGCUCCUCCCAGUCAGGCCGCAGCGGGGCCAAGAACUCCAAGAAAAGCCAGAGUUGGUAUAAUGUGCUGAGCCCCACCUACAAGCAGCGGAACGAGGAUUUCAGGAAACUCUUCAAGCAGCUCCCGGACACGGAGCGCCUCAUCGUAGAUUACUCAUGUGCUCUCCAGCGAGACAUUCUCCUGCAGGGCCGCCUCUACCUCUCCGAGAACUGGAUCUGCUUCUACAGCAACAUCUUCCGCUGGGAGACACUGCUGACAGUUCGCUUGAAGGACAUCUGCUCCAUGACCAAGGAGAAGACAGCACGGCUCAUUCCCAACGCCAUCCAAGUUUGCACUGACACUGAAAAGCACUUUUUUACUUCCUUUGGGGCUCGAGACAGGACGUACAUGAUGAUGUUCAGACUCUGGCAGAAUGCUCUGCUUGACAAGCCUCUGUGCCCAAAGGAGCUCUGGCACUUUGUCCACCAGUGCUACGGGAACGAGCUGGGGCUCACCAGCGAUGAUGAAGACUACGUGCCUCCUGAUGAUGACUUCAACACCAUGGGCUGUAGCUGUUGUGAGAGGGGUAACCAUAAAAACCUGUGUUCUCUGUGGCGUCCCAGCUACUGCGAAGAAAUCCCCGUGGAGGAGAAUGAAGUCAACGACAGCUCCUCCAAGAGCAGCAUGGAGGCCAAGCCAGAAGCCAGCCCUCAGCUGCCAAAGAAAUCUGUCACUGCCAGCACCCUGACCUCCACAGGCAGCAGUGAAGCCCCAGCCUCCUUCGAUGGAGUGCUCCCAGAAGAGGAGGAGGCAGUGGCAGAGAGUCCUGUGGAGAAAGACCUUGGCAUUGCCAACAUCAUGGGAGAGAAGAUCGACAUCAUUGGCCCUGUGAACUCCCCCUCCCUGGACUUCAAUGACAACGAAGACAUUCCCACUGAGCUCAGUGACUCCUCAGACACCCACGAUGAAGGGGAAGUCCAAGCGUUUUACGAGGACCUGAACGGCCGCCAGUACGUGAACGAGGUGUUCAACUUCAGCGUGGACAAGCUCUACGACCUGCUCUUCACUGAUUCCCAGUUCCAGAGGGACUUCAUGGAGCAGCGCCGCUUCUCUGAUAUUAUCUUUCACCCCUGGAAGAAGGAGGAAAAUGGCAAUCAGACCAGGGUGAUCCUGUACACCAUCACCCUCACCAACCCUCUGGCCCCCAAAACUGCCACAGUCACUGAAACUCAGACAAUGUACAAAGCCAGCCAGGAGAGCGAGUGCUAUGUCAUAGAUGCAGAGGUGCUAACCCACGACGUCCCCUACCACGAUUAUUUCUACACCAUUAACCGCUACACGUUGACUCGUGUUGCCAGGAACAAAAGCCGACUCAGGGUUUCCACAGAAUUACGCUACAGAAAACAGCCUUGGGGGCUGGUGAAAUCCUUCAUUGAGAAGAAUUUUUGGAGCGGCCUGGAAGAUUAUUUCCGUCAUUUGGAGAGCGAGCUGACCAAAACAGAGAGCACGUACCUGGCUGAGGUGCACAGACAAUCCCCCAAAGAGAAGGUGAGCAAGCAAUCCACGGUGCGCCGGCGGAAACGCGCCCACGCCCACCUGCGGGUGCCACACCUGGAGGAGGUGCUCAGCCCCGUCACCACCCCCACGGAUGAGGAGGUUGCCCAUCGAAUCAAGCACGUGGCAGGUUCCACUCAGACACGGCACAUCCCUGAGGAGAGCCCCAGUGGCUUCCACCUGCAGAGUGUCUCCAAGCUGCUCCUUGUCAUCAGCUUUGUUCUGGUGCUGCUGGUCAUUCUCAACAUGAUGCUGUUCUACAAGCUCUGGAUGUUGGAGUACACCACGCAGACGCUCACGGCGUGGCAGGGCCUGAGGCUGCAGGAGAGGUUACCCCAGUCUCAGACAGAAUGGGCCCAGUUGCUGGAGUCCCAGCAGAAAUACCACGACUCAGAGCUGCAGAAAUGGCGCGAGAUCAUCAAAUCCUCGGUGAUGCUUCUGGACCAGAUGAAGGAUUCACUAAUAAAUCUCCAGAAUGGCAUCGGCUCCCGGGACUUUGGGUCAGAUCCAGAGGAGAAACGGAAACGUUUCCAUUAACAGGCAGGAAUGCAGGAGGCCAGAGGACGGUGUGCAAUAUGUGUAAAUAGGAUAUAUAAAUAUAUAUAUAAAUAUAUAUAUAUAUAUAUACAGAUAUAAAUAUAUAUAUUAUAUACAGAUUUUAAGAGAAAAAAAAAAAGAAAAAAAAAAAAAGCCUAAAGAGGGGAAGGAGUGACCUCCAACACUGGCUGAACUGGAGCGUCCCUGGGAGCGUGGGGGUGUGUGUGGGAGGGCUGUGCUCUCCCAGCACUGAGGUGUGCUUAGGGCCGUGCCCAGCUCUGCUCCCUGGGCCCCUGCACGGCUCCUCUGUAAUAUUCCUGUCUGUCUGUCUGUCUGUCUGUUCUGUUUUUGUUGUCUCAAAGGGAAGCAUCAGUGUGAGUGCCCCCCCUGCCCGUCCCCGUGCCCUCCCUGCGCAUGGAGGUCCCUGGGUCGCUCUGUUUCUCUCUCAAAGGGGACACUGUCACCUCCCUUACCUUCAGGGGGUUUUGGCAGUCGCAGUCAGUCCCUUGCAGAACCGCUCUGGAGAGGAGGGGGAGUUGCUGUGGGUCUGUGGAGGGCAGAUCCCCCUGGCAGGCCCCUCCUGGGAGCAGAAAUUUGCUGUCAGGGCGGCCAGGCUGGCUCAGAGAGCAAAGCACAGAGCUGCAAUCCCUCCCACAAACCCCGAUUUGCUGCCUCCUGUCCUGGCUGCUGCAGAGAGAGCGAGGGGAGUGUGUGGGAGGGGGAGAGCCACACCUGUGACAGUGUCCCCUUUAGCUGUUCUCUGCUUUCCCUGUGCUUGGGCCCCUGCCACUGAGCCAUCCCUGUGCUGUGGGUCUGCAUCGCUGCUGGAGUCACCGCCGUGGGAGGACCCAAAUUUAAACAGAGAACCAAAAUUAGGAUUGAUUUGCAGCCACUCCCACUACCCAGCUCUGCAAAUCUCUUCUCCUGUUUGUUCACCCAGGCCUUGUCUUGUAAAAUCUGUGGGAAAACGGGGGGAGAAACAGCAGCUUCCUUUCCUUGCCUGGGGUAGAUUUACAUAACUGGAUCUAUGCAGCAGCAGCCAUCACUGUGGGUAUUUCCAUGACUGCAUCUCUAGAGCAACCAGGCUCCCAAAAAUCCAGGAGAGGUCAGGAAGGGUGACAGGGACCAAGGGAGGAAAGGGAGAAGGGCCCCUCAGAGGGUGUCAGGACAGAGCUGGGUGUCAGGCACCUGAGGGGUGUCUCCCACCAGCUGGGUUUAGUGCAGCCAGGUGGCAGAGCUGCACUAAAAACAAAGCCAGUGUGCAUUUUCAGCUCUUCUGGGGGAUGAUUCCAGGCUCCAUGAGCAGCCAGAGGAGGAAGAGGGGCGGCUUGGCUGUGCUGUGCAAUGCACAGACUCCACAGGGACUGCUGGGGAUGCAGGCUGCUUCUUGAAGUGUUUGAUAAAUGCUUUGGCCUCUUCCCCCAGCCAGGUAGAUGAGGGGAAUGUGAGUCCCACUUUGUCCAACACUGGGAUUUUUCCACCUUCUGGCUGGCAGGAGGGAGGCAGCUGCACAUUCCCAGUUUGGAAAUGGAAAUGGAAAUGGGAAGUUGUAGCUCCUCCAUUGCCUCCAGGAUGAAUAAUUUGUCUCUCACCAUUCUGUAGCACAGAAUAUCCUCAGUACAGUCUGAGGAAAACCUCAAGGUCCCAUUUUCCAAGCAGGGGAGGGCAAUGGAUGCAGGAAUAACCUGCUGCUUUCUCCCAGCCUGCAUGACCAAGACACACAUGCCCCACACGUGUGUGCAGGAGCAUGGAUGAAGCCAGGCUAUCAAAAGGACAUUUCAGACUGUGAAAGCAAGGUCCAGUUGGGGAAAAGCAGAGAGUAAUGUGUAUUUAUGACUAUUUAUUUAAUUUAAUGCUGCUGACUACUGUACUGCUCCCUGACUUUUUUCCAGGGAGGCUGCUGAAAUGAGAUGGCUGCUGUACCAUGAAAUUGAGGUGCUAGGGCCUGGGAAAGGCUUUCUGUGGCUCAUUUUCUCCACUGUGACUUGCCAAACUGACCCAGAGUCCCUUUUCCCCUCUUAGUUAGUCCCACAAUUACUAAGCACACAGAAUUCCCCUGCUGCUGGAAUUUCCCUCUUCCAGAAUUUUAUUUCAAGCACCAAUCAGGAGGACACAGAGGAAGCCCUGGGAUUCGCCCUUCCCAUGCCAGGAAAAAAGAGAAAGAACAGACUGUGAAAGAGGAGCCUGGAAUGUGGGGUCUCCUCCACCUGGAGACAGAGAAAUCAGAGAGGCUCACAGAUAAAUGCUGCUGGUCUGCAUUUGUUGCUCACCAAUGUCACAUUCUCUCUGUUAGGGAGGCAAGGAACCCUUUUUCUCAUCCUGAAUCCUUUCUCCUGUGCAGAUUUCCAGCUUCAGGCUGGGGCUGUUCCCUCAGGCUGCGCCCCAGAGACAGAACUGCACAAACUCUGUUAAAUCCAUGUCAGGCCAGGCAGCUGUAGCAAUCUCAACACUAAUAUUUGUUGAGAUAUUUGUCUAAUAAUUCAUCCUACCUGUCCAGUAUUUGUCCUUCCUGCACAUUAAGGUGGGUUUUUAACCUGUUUGACACCUAUCCUGACACUCAGCAGUGUGAAAUCCUUCAGGAAGAGCACAGGGGUAGUGGGCACCGAGCAGAGCAGUGUCCUUCACACCCAGGGAGGUUUCUCUUUAGGGUUUUGGUUUUUUCUAGUUAUUUCUGUUUCCCACUUGGCAGCCAGUCUGGCUUGGAGCUGGAUGGGAUUCACAACCUUUUUUUUUGCCUCUUAGUCUCACAGUAGUAAUAAAAAGGGGAAAAACAAGGUCUUAAGGCACUGAGGGUGAGGGUUUAAACAAAAACUUGGAAUGUUUUCACUUCCUCUGGAGAGCUGGGAUAGGAAUCAGCUGCCCCUGACCAGUCCCAGCUGACAGACUAAUUCCUUCCAGAGACAAUUUUGGAUUACGUUUCCUGGAAGGAUCAGUAACACUUUCUAGGAGUGAGAGGCCUGAGUAAUGUUUCAGAGGGUGGUGCUUCCCUCAGCACUCACAGCCAAGCCUGGCUUCCACCAUCAGGGUUUGCCUUCUCCCCUUGCUCACCUGGGCCAGAAAUUCCCCUGGGUUCUUUUCACAGCAGGUGCAUUUUCCCUCCCAGUCUGAGCCUGCACAUCUGCUGGGGUUUUAUUUGCAGGAUCUGAACAAACACAAAAAAACAGGGAAUUUCUUAUUUUUUUAAAGGCAUUUCUCCGGCCAAGCAUGCAGAGGUAAUGCCAGCUUGUAGCUUAAUUCCUGCCAAGGAAAAUGCUUCCUGUUGGGAGGAGAGGGAGCAGGAGGCUCUGAUCCACCAGUUUGUGACAUCCUCACUGAUCUUAGCUUGGCACAACCUCACCUCUGAUAAACACACACCUUCCAGGGCUUAUCUUAGAGCAGUUCUGGCAGCUGGAACGAGGGGAUUUGAGUCCUGCUGUGCAACCAGGCAUUCCCAGAGUGGAUACCAGAGGUUUCUACAGCAGCAGCUGCCUGUAAAGUCUCUGAAGGACCAAAAACCAGCUUAUUCCAGGUGGUGAGCUGCCCAAGGCAGGGGCACUGCUGGGCCUGCACAUUCCAGAUAGUAAAUAUGGGAAAAUAAAAGACAGAAAGGCACUUGCAGUGGGAAGGAGUUAGCUGUGGGUUAACAGGAUAAUGAGCUUUUUGGGUGCUCUGCACUUCAGGCACUCUCCAGUCAGAACACUGUGCUAUUAACUCAUACUAACUGAUACUGACUGCUGUCUAAAGCCUUCCUGGCUCCCUCGAGUCCUUUGGGAGAAGAGAAGGAAGGCUCAUGACUUUGAUCUCCCCUGAGUUGCCUGCUCUGCUGUGACAGAGGCUGCAUUUACACCUCUGGCUGCUGUCCCUGCCUGCUGGCUGACACCUGACCCUGCCUGGAUGCUUCUGAUCUUAAAAGCAGAAACCUUAGGGACAGGAAACAUCUCUAGUGUAAUGUGAGCCUGGAUUGGAAGAGGAAAGGUUUCAAAGCACAAGGCUUUGCUGGAUUUGGAGCCCUGAAGGCACAAAACUGCCUCUGAAAUAACAGGGCAUGUGUUGGGAGAUCUCCUCUAGGAAUGCUGGUCCUGGAAUGCUAAUCCAUGUCCUUAUCAGACAGUUUCAGCUCACCUGGGUGUAGGUAAGGACAGACUUUUCAGCCUCCUUGGCUCCUCAGCACUGUCCUGGUAGCCACAUAGGAGCUUUUUCUUACUUUUAUGCAAGAAGGUAGAAGUUGAUUUUUUUUUUUUUCCAGAGAAUGGCUGGAAACACUUUUGGUCUGGGUACUUGAGACCUUUUGGAUUUGCUCUGCUGUGCUGCAGCAGCUGCUCUUCCCCACAAGCACAGAAACAAACUCCUGAUUUACAGCUGGAACUGCCUGGUUCCACAUUACACAGAAAAUCAGUCUCAAAAUCACUGUUUAAAGCAGCAGUGCCUGGCUCAGGGGAGACAGCUCUGUCCUGUCUGCCCAGGCAGCUGCUGCCACCCCCAGCUCUUGACAGAUGAGUGCUUUCUGCAGCUCCAGGGGCUCCCACGGGGGCUGUGCCAGGCUGCCACGGUCCAUGGCACAGCCACCUGGGCUCUGGCUCCGUCUGUUCAGUCUCAGCACCACUUACAACACCUGGCAGGGGCUUGCUUCAAACACAGCUCAGAACAGAGCUCUGGAACCAAAGCCCCCGAGGGAAGUGGCUCACAGAACACCUGUGUGGUUCCUGUGCUGGUUCUCCAGCCUGCUCUGAUCUCUGUGCUUUGCAGUCUCUCCAGCACGAGUCUCUCUGUGCCAUAAAACCUCUUUUUUUCUAGAUGUGCACACUGGCCAAAUAAUCUCGUGUCUUGGGCGACUGCUGGCCAAGGCCAUUCCCUGAUCUAGGCAGACAGCAUGGGCUUCUCUCAGCAUGGAUCUGUGGCAUGCCAUGCCCUCCUCCUCUCCCACACGUUUUCCAGUGCUUGCUAUGGCUUUUCCCUGUCCCCCCCUCCCACCUCUGCUGCUGGACAAUCAUUACCUGUGUCAUAGAUGGUCUGACCUGGUGCUGUCCCUGCCUGCCUUCCCCUCCUGCAGUCUGUAUGCUCUUCAAGUGAAUGUGUUUUGGUUUAUUUUUAUUUUAUUUUAUUUUAUUUUUUUUCAGUAGGGAAAAGGACUUCCUUCUGCUGAAGGAGUUAUAUUUGCACAUGGCUCGGGGAGGUUCCUCCUCUGGCCGUUUCUGUUACCUCACUCAUUUAGGCCAAUUCCAUUGCUAACGUUAAAGGCCACCUUCCCUGACCCAAACCCCGAGAGUAGGUAGGGAACAAACCCCGACGUGCAGCUCUGCUUCUGGAGCCGCUGCUGGCAUCCCUGCUGGAAUUAGGAUCUGGGAGAGCAGCUGUUCCAGCUCCAUCCAGCAGGGAGGUGGAGCCUGUGCCACACACCCCAUCCCUGCAUUCCCAGCUCCUGGGAAAUGGUCCUUGGAGAGCAGGGAUGGAGGAACCCGCCUGGCUCCGGGCUGGACGUGGAGGGAGGGAAGAGCAGCAGAGCAGUGGCAGCGUCACAACCUCCCCCAGCAGCCUGGCCUGGCCUGGCACCUCUGGGACAUCUCCAUUCCAGUGGGAUCUCCUCUCCCACCGCCUGCUCCAGGGCUGGAGAGAGCUGCUGAUCCCCUGGGGCGUGCUCUCCCCACCCGGAUCCUGCAGUCCCUGUGCACAGCUGAUGAUGAGCGAGGCUCUGCUCUCCUCGGCACAGGAGCGGGUCCUGCCACCACCACAGGCACGUGCUUCCCUCCUGGGAUCCCCUCCAGAGCCCGGGGAGCGGGGGGCUGAUGGCUGAGGUGACUCUGGGCUGGGUGGGGGAAGGAUUGUGCGUUUGUUUUAGGAGUUGUCCCGACUGUCAGAAACUUUGCGCUGUGCGCAAAAAACACAAAAAAAAACCAAACCCAACCUGCGGUUAAAAAACGAUACUGGAACGGACGUGCUGGAAUGUAGGAAUUGUACAGGCUCUGCAGCCAAACUCCCUGUAAGUAGUUAGUACCAUGGAAGUACAGUAUCAAUUAAAAAAUCUAUCCAA